AUGCAUCAUUGGAUUGCUGUACUCCAACUAUUUUGCGUUCUUCCCUUUAUUUCUACUAACUACCUAGUGGAUAUAAAAAAUCGCCUAGGAAGGCUGUCAUCUCACUUCAUUUUAAGAAAUAUCAGUACUUCCAGCAUUCAUCAGUGUCUGCACAACUGUUUCGAAGAAAGUUCCUGUUUAUCUUUUCAAAUUUGUGGUACAGCCUGUCAACUUCUUUCCACUAACACAAAUGAAAGAUCUUUAGAAGAAGAUGAUCAAUGUAUUCAUUUUACCAUGAACAUGUCUAGUAUCGAGUUCAAGUCAAAAUAUUGUACAGAAAGCUUCCAGUUUUCAUCGUACUGCUCUAAUAAUGGUACGUGUCAAAAAUCAGAUGCUCCGUACCCUAAGACAUGUAACUAUUGUGAAUGUAAAGAAGGAUUUGUUGGUAAACGCUGUGAAAAGAAAGCGAUGUCUUGUCAAAAUUUUCAUGGUCCUUCUGAUGGCUGGUAUACAAUAUUUACAAAUAAAACUAAAAUGGCCAAAGUUUAUUGUCAGUUUGAUUCCAUGAAUGUUUGGACAUUGGUUAUGUCCCAUAGCUUUAAGUUCCGUGCUCAGUAUAGAGAUCGUCCCUAUUAUAAAAAUUUUCCUCGUAACGAAAUGAAUGAAACAUGGGAAGAUCACAGACUUUCUUUCAACGCAAUGAAGAGUAUAAAAGAAGACGGAAACACGUUAUGGCGUGUCACGUGCUCAUAUGGUGAGAACGGCUGGAAUGAAACAGAUUUAGUUAUUGCAACCCAUAAAAAUGCACCAAUUUUCCAAACGUUCAUUACACCACCACCAGUUUGCCUGAAUGUCAGUUAUAUUAAUAUUAGAGGCUACAACUGCAAAGACUGUAGCGUUCCUUUUUGGCAAUAUGAUGUCGAAAUUCUCCAUUUAGAUAGUUCAUCAGCUUUAAAUUACUGCAAUAAGAAAGAUUUUAAAUCAACUUCCUGUACAGGUGAAGGAGGAGAAGAUAAUUUUGGAUAUUAUAAAUGUUAUAACGCAAAACAGCGUUGCUCAUCAUCAAAUAAUGCCACAACACAACUGUGGUUUGGCCAACAAAUGAAGUAUAUUGAUGAAUAGAAACGAUGACUUCCUUUUCAAAGAACUUACAAAAAAAAAUGAAGUAUAUUGAUGAAUAGAAAUGAUGACUUCCUUUUCAAGGAGCUUACCAAACUAAACUUUGUUUACAUAAAAACGUGAAAGAGUUAAAACUACUUACUAAGGAAAAUUCAUUUUAAAUGUUUAAUCAAUUAUAUUUCAUACCAGGAUUUCAUAUAGUCAGUUUAUCGUUGCUAGUGUUAAUUUACAAUGUACACAUAAAUAUUUCAUAAACUACAUAGGGAUAGAAAAACAGGCAAAUCUGCAAAAAUAAAAAUAUAUUACCUUUAGAGUAAAACACUAUAAUUUUAUCCUUUCCUUUUCAAAUAAAUUCUCUCUAAUUGCA